AUGACUCAAAGAAAUUUAGUUGUGUCUAUCCAUUCUAACGGGUCAAUUUUCACAGAUGUUAAUGAGGGAUUCUCAUUUAGCAAUACAAAUGUGCACUUAUUCAAAAUCCACAUCAAUUCUGACUUCCAUCAUCUAAAAGAUCGAAUUGAAAAAAAGUUACAAAGUUGUGUUGAAGACAUUAUUUAUCGCCAUCCAUUAAUUAAUGGAGACGAUGAUACCGUCUUUUACGUGAUGGCACCUAUUGAGAAUGACGAAGAUGUCAAGUCAAUGUUUCAAUGUCAUAUACCAUUUUCUCAGUUACCCACCAUUGAGAUAUAUGUUCGUCUGCUUGAAAAUCUUGAAACAUAUCCAACGCAAUCCAUACAGUCACAACAGUACGGAAUGAGUCAAACCAUUGACGAAGAACCGACUCAAAAUAAUGAACCUUUCAUACCAAAUGAAGAGGUAAGCGACAAUAGUGAGGAUGAUCAAGAAGAUGUACGAUUUGAAGAUCUAUUUGGUGUUAGCGAUGACGAUGGAAAUGAAGAUAUCAUCGACACAUCGACUGUAGCACCAAGAGCUCAACCAAUUAGUUUGUACAACCCACAUGUUCACAUGCAAAAUAUAAGUUUGGAUGAUGCUGAACCAAUCUCCAUUUUUGGAAGUUUCGUACCAAUUCACAAUGCUGACGAAAUCGAGGAGGGCAUCGAGUUUGAAAAUAAGGAAGUGUGUGUUGUUGCGUUGCAACAAUGGCAUAUAAAACGUAGUCUAGAUUAUUCUGUGACUAAAUAUGACAAUGUAUGUUAUGUCAUCAAAUGUAUAAAUUCUACGUGCAAUUUCAAAUGCAAGGUUUCUUUGCGUAAGGGCAACUCAAAGUGGAGAGUUGGUAAGUCUGGUGGGCCUCAUACAUGCACAACCACUUCUAUGUCACAAGACCAUACAAAACCCAGUUUAGAAAUGAUUAGUAAGAGCAUAAUGGAGCUUGUAAAUCACGACGCUUCUCUUAAGGUGAAGGUGAUCAUCGCUCAUAUUGCUGAAAAAUAUAGGUAUAUCAUAUCCUACAGAAAGGCAUGGAUUGCAAAGUGUAAGACAAUUGAGUCGCUGUAUGGAAAUUGGGAGACAUCUUACAACGAUCUGCCGCAAUGGAUACUGGUUGAUGGAACAUGGUUGUAUGGCAAGUACAGAGGGACUCUGUUGAUGGUUGUGGCACAGGAUGGGAACGGGAACAUUUUUCCAAUAGCGUUCGUAUUGGUUGAAAGUGAGACAAAGGAUGCUUGGAGUUUCUUUCUUAGGAAUUUGAGAAUACACGUUACUCCCCAAGCAAAUUUGUGUCCAAUAUCAUACAGGCAUGAAUCUAUAAAGAGUGCAUAUAACAAUCCAGAAAAUGGAUGGCAGUAUCCUCCGUCUUCGCACGUCUAUUGCAUUAGACACAUUGGGCAAAACUUCACGCGUGAGAUUAAAGACAAGGAACUGUGCAAAAUAGUUGUUAACAUGGGUUAUGCGUUGACAGAGGCGAAAUUUAACUACUAUCGGGGGGAAAUACGAAGAACAAACAAUAAAUCUUUAUCAUGGAUAUACCACAUCCCUCGGGAGAAGUGGGCAAUGGCAUUUGACGGAGAGCAACGCUGGGGUCACAUGACAACUAAUCUGGCAGAAGCAAUGAACUCCGUACUCAAAGAAACCCGAAACCUUCCAAUCACCGCAUUGGUCAAAUCUACGUACUAUCUAUUAGGAUCACUAUUUGGUAAAAGAGGCCAUCAAUGGACAAAAAUGUUAGCCUCUGGGCAAGUUUUCACUGAUAACUGCAACAAGGGGAUGAUUGAGGAAGUCAGUAAAGCUAACACACAUAACGUCAUGCAAUUUGAUUGCGAGAGAUUCUAUUUCAUGGUCCAAGAGAAGAUUAAUCAGAAUGAUGGUCAUCUAACUGGUACAUUCAGCAUUGAUCUUAGGAAACAACACUGCGAUUGUGGGAAAUUUUAG